UAUGUUAGGCACUGAAGUAGUACACUGAAGUUAACACAGUUGGGGGCAUAGGUGAAAGGUUACAAAAUGGCGGCGAGCACGCGGAGUGUUGUCCUUUCCCUGUACAAAAAGAUCCUUCGGGAAAGCAAGAAUUUCUCUGGUUACAACUUCAGGAUGUAUGCCGUGAGAAGAACUAGAGACGGCUUCAGAGCUAACAAAGAUGAAACAGAUCCAGUGAAAAUACAGGACCUAAUCCAGCAAGCAGAGGAAAGCUUACAAGUAAUAAAGAGACAGGUUGUGAUAGGACAACUGUACAGUACAGAAAAACUGGUGAUAGAGAAGGACAUGUAGAGCCAGCAGUGAGACAGCCCAGGGAGGAUGUCUGCAGCCAUGGAACACCCAUGCCUCAGGACAACGCACAUGUAGGACUGACGGUUGACGCAGAUGGACAUUUAUUUCUUAUUUUGUGGCGUUGACAUCCACUGGUGGUGCCAAACCCACGGCAUUAUUCAUGGCAGCUGCAUCCAAAUGCAGUAUAUAUGGACUCUAUACCCUCUAUUGUCAGGAUGGGGAGGGGUGCAUGUAUCCUAUAUGACAUUUACACAGUUUAGACAAUGUGUCAUCAACUAGGGUCAUUUUCAUUUACAGUUUGAAGGGGUCCUCAAUAAAAAUGAUUUGAGCUUCUCAUGACUAGACAAACAAAUAAACAAACAAACAAACAAAUACCUUUCUGGGUAUCUAUCUACCUUAUAUAUAUUCAAACAGUUGAAAUGUCAAACAGCAUUCUAAAACAGCCUGCACUUUAUUGCAAUGCAUGUAUAUUAUUUGCUGGCCUCUCUCAGGAAAAUCCAUGUCCAGCGGCUUUUAUUCGUUGUUGGACUGAAUUUCUCUGCUCAGGACAGACUGAAGACACCCACUCCAUCCCGCUUGACGGACAAAACUUUAUAAGAUUUUUGAGAUGACAAAAAAUCAUGUAAAGUUGUGAUUUGUCUGUUCAUAAGUCGUAACUUUUCUUUGUAAUGGACACCUUCAAUUGUGUUUUGGUCUUCAAUCAAUAUUAUAAGGUUCUGUAUUCAAUACAUAUUCAGUAGGUCAGCUAAGUUCCACUUGAAAUGUAAUGCUCAAAAUGCAGCAACAAAUUUAGUCCUUUGCCUUUCUUUUUGGACAAACAUAUAUACACUUGUAAGUCCUCCAGUAUUGUUUUUAAGCUAUUUUUGUAUUAACUAUCUGUAUCUAUUUCAAAUAGAUACAUGUGUGUAUUAUACAUGUAUAGUUAUGAAUUAGCCCCUCCCCCAUCUUAUUAUGUGGACAAGCCCUUUAAUAGCCCUAUGAGAAAGAAAGCCCUUCAAGAUAAAGAUGGCCCAGCUGCAGUGGGAAAACUCUUAUCUUUUAUAUAAGAUCUACUUCCACUGUUAUUUUAAGCUAUCUGUUUCUGUUUCAAACUGUAUAAACAUGUAUCCUUUGUGGAUGACCCCUCCUCUUCUUAUCAUACAUGCACUAUCCCUUUGCCCAAUCACUGCAUCUCAAAGGCAAUGGUUGUACAUACAGUUCAUAUUGUGUUAUAAGAUAAUCAUGUACAUGUAAGAGACUGUUUCUGUCAGAUAUGUUGUCAGAUAUGUUCUAUCAAAGACAUAAGUAGUAAAUAUGAUUAUGGCCACAGUAAAUGUUGAUAGUUACAAGAUAACUGUAAUGAUACAAGAUGGUUGAGUUCUUGAUUGCUAGCAGAAAAUGAUGUAAUGGAGCAAUGGAGACAGUCUACUGUACAAGAGUUAGGAUUUGUAUAAGUAGUAAUGUUAUUUUUAGAGUUUGUACUUUGGCACUUGUCACUGCAAGCUUGAAGGAUGUAUUAAGAUGUUAAAUCUCUUAAAGGGAAUGAUUGCUAAGAACAAUAGAGAAGAUGAAGACUAUGAAUCUGGACUGACAAAAAAAAGACACUUUUGAAAAGUAGGAAUUAGCUCCAAUUGGCAGUUUGGGUCUUAUCCUUAAGGUGGUAUCUCACUGCAAUCGGGGCACCGGUGCAGCACUGCAGGGUUCGUUGACUGUGGUACGGUUUUGUUAUUUUUUAUAAAUAAGACAUUGCGUAAUGUGUAAAAGUAUGACCAGACAACAAAAUGUAUGAAAAUUUGUCUCCAAAAUUCAUUGAGUCAUCUAUGAACCUCGUAGGGCUGCACCAGUGCCCCAAGUGCAGUGAUACAAGAGAUGUCUAAAUUACAAGUACAAACUUCACUCUGUAAAAAAGUAGGCAACAAAUGGGUAUGAAGAUGUGUCACCUUUAGAAAAUAGUACAAUGUACAUGUAUAAAAUCAU